CAAUUUCUUUUUAUUUCUCGAAUUUUCUUACCCUUAUGGUCUAACCCUUAAAAACGCUUUCUUUUAAAUCGCAACUUUUAAUAAAUGAAAAAGAAGACAAAUAAUACAAAGUAUUAUAGAAUACAAAACAAAGAAACCGUAAUGCAUAGACUCGUCUAUAUAUUGUAUUGAAAUUAGCAAGCCCCUCUGACCGUCUCCGUGCAUAUUGGAAACUCAUUAAAGUCCAAUCAAAUUGUUUACAUAAUUUUCGAGAAGAAUUGUGGAUAUUGCGAAAGAAAUUAGCAUAUGCAUACGAACAAUGUGAACCGUGAUUAGUGUGCCAAAUACUAUUUUUGUGGUCGAACCAGCCAAAGGACCAAAGGAUCAAAGUACGAAGCACUCUACAAAAUGCAUGGUCAUCUACAAAUACAAUGUAUAGUCGGGAAAAAAAUUAUAUUUUGAAUAAGAAACAUGUUAACAUGAGCGUUAGCUGAAAGAUGCUUUUGAAGUAUUAGCAUGCAACAGCAACAACGCGCAGCGAGCGGCUUAGGCCAGGUUAAUAGGAAAGAGCAAGCAAUGUCUGUCUGCGCAAACGAAAAGGUGCCAACAAAUAGUUACAGUAACUAAGGAAACAGUCGCUACCUGCUGCGACUAAAUCCACGAAACGUUAAACGCGGCGACAUACAGCUGCAAGGGAUAUACCACGGAGCCGUAUAUGGUACCUUGAAUUAGCACGCACACUAUGCGUCCGAUGGGUUGUCGCAGACAAUAGAGCUACCAACAACAAUGCCCACCUUAACAAUGUAAACGCAAUUUAGGAAAAUGUAAAUUUUGCCAAAAUAAGCGGAAAAGCGAAAAUUCCAAGGUUAACGCUAUUUGCUUUUCCAUGAAACCGCCUUGACAGUUAGCGUCGUAAGCAGGUAAGAAACGAUUUCGCGCAACCUAUGCGACGCGGCUGUCAACGCCGUCAAGCGCAUCGCUUGCUCACACAUUACCACGCGCAGGUAGUUGAACGCACGGCUGUCUCAAGACUGUGACUUGAAGGUAUAAAUACCCGUACCACUGCGUAGGUCAGUCAUUAUCAAACGAGCAGCGCAUGAGUAGCACACGCAUUCAGGAAGAGAAUUUAGUUUUUUGCAAUUUCAACAUAUUGGCUUUAACAAAAUGGGUUGCACAGCGAGCAAUUUUUCAUACGACACCAGCGACAGUAGUUAUGGCAAAGGUAUGCCCGUCCGCUCAACACCGCAUAAACGUAACUUUAGCAGCCGCGUCGACUGUACCGCCAGCACUCUCUCUACGGAGCACAGCAGUAGCAGCAGCAAUACAUCGGAACGUUAUAGCAGUGCGAGUACGUGGAGCAGUUGCAGCACGCCACCCCCACCAAGAAGCUGCUCCACACCGACCAAAAAGAAACAAGUUCAACAAAAGCGCCCAGCUUUCUUGAAGCUCUGCCGCAAGGACAUGCCGAAAGCGCUGGCGCGCCUAACGCUCAGCGACAAACAAAAGCAACAACAAGAGACAUCGCCACCAGUGCAACAUAAACGCAUAACGGAACAUUCAAUUGGCUACUUCACCGGCUCCACUGAUGAUUUGGAUAGCAGUUGCAGCAGUUUCAGUUAUAAUGAUCUCCUAUUACACACAAAGGACAUGAGUCCAUCAAGUGAUAUGAGCAGUACUUGUAAACAGAGUCAGAGUGAUAGUGAUAGUGACAGUGUCACCUCAUCCGAGCACAGUGGCAGUCUACCCGUUUCGAAUUUAAAAAUGGAGAUCUUAAUGAUGCGCGAGAAUGUGCAAUUAAUGCCGAAAACUUCGUCGCCAUUUUGUACACGCCGCGACUUGUCUUCGUGCAGCAGCGAAGUGAGUUAUGUCAACAUUGCGCCGCCCUCGGAUACUUAUUGCCUGUGGCGCCAAUAUCUACAGGACGCACCAGCCUACUCAUUUGGCAAUGUCACCGCCAUACCCGAAGCCAUUGCCGGCCAAUUUAGUCCAGAUGAUCAUCCUGCUUAUACCGAACUGCAGAAUUUUGAAUGUGUCAGUGCGCCGAAACGUUAUCGUGUACAUCCCAAAAAGGGCAAGCACACCGCGCCUAGUGUUCCACUAGCUGCGGUAGUGCCGGUUUGUGGCGUCACACGCGCCAUCAUUUCGACCGAACUGUGAACACGCGACUCCGCCCGGCGCGGAAUCGUUGUUGUCUCACAGGCGGUGAGCACGCGGAUGAAUGAAAAGAAGACUGACGUAAGAUGACUGAUCUUAAAGGAUUUUAAAACUACCUCAAUGUGCCUUUUUAUGCUGUGAUUUUGGACUAUUGCUGACUGGAAGUAACUGACAAGACCAAAUAUAUUUUAAAUAUAUUAGAUUUAAUGUAUAUAUGUAUAUUACUUUUGUUUGGUUUUAAGUGUUACAAUAUAUAUGAAUUAAAAUUUUUUCUUUACACAAAUAAUUUAUGUUUUAUGCGAAAUCUG